UUCUAUCUUACGCAAGAUUCGGUCUACCUCCGAUGUUCGACGUGACUGAGUGAAUGCUGCAAAGCUGGUGUAGGAGGGAUGCUGCUGAGGUUCCCGUAACCAAAAGUGAGAGAGAGAGAGAGGUUAGAGCAGGAUAAACGAUUAUGUCCAUCUGAUUACAAUUUUCUUUUAAUGUAAAAAGAUGGAGGAUUUUGUAUCAACACGUGCCUCUGAUAUCAAACGAAACUAUGUCUCCGUGAAUUAUGAAGUCCCAAAGAAAAAAGUGACAUCAACAGAUAGUUUUGUUACUAAGCGAGAGUUACGCAAGAAUGAUACAAUUGAUUCUAUGACAAAAAGAAACUCAGCGGAGCUAAGAAGAGAACAAGAAAAAGAAAUGAAAAGGGCACGCUUUGAUGUCAUUAAAUUAGGUAUGUCUGGUUUUGGGAAAGAAAAGGCAAGAAAAACGAAAAUUGAGCUUGCUGUCAGCUUGGGUGCAGUUCCACCCAAAAACAAGAGAAUGAAUUAUAAGAAGUUGAAACUACGUCGAAAAACAGAUGAUGAGAAGAUUAAAAAGGAGCAACAUACUUCAGGUUUUACCAGUAGCUUGCUCAAGCCUAAGUUGAAGAAAAAUGGUAAAAAGAACUCCGGUAUUUUAGGAGUUUACGGAAAAGUAUCAAAAAAUGCUCCGUCUAAGCAGAAAAGCAGAAUUUAGUUGAUAAACAUUUAAAUAUCUAGGUAAAGACGUAUUCAGGAUUUAAUGAAAGAAUUGUAUAAAAUGAUUGUAACUGAAAAUAAGAACUCAGUGUGUGUAUAUCUAUAGGUAUUUCAAUAUUUCAAUUAUUUUUAGCUUAUUAAACUUUUAAUAAUUUUUAUUAAAAAACAAUAGCUGAUCUUUUUAGCAAAUAUUCGAGUUGUGUCUGUUUGAUUUUUGCUAGUUGCCUAUUACAUUUUUUGCUUUCAAACCUUUUUUCAGUUGUCGAAAGAGAAAUUUUUUGUAAUAUUUUCUAAGUAUGUAAAAGGACAUAAAAGGAAAGGGUGGAUGAAGAAAGAAUCAUAUUUUAUAACUGGAAACAUUUAAAAUAUGUUUUGUCAAUUCAUUGCUGUUUGUCGUUACAACAUCAAUUAUCUAUGUCUAACAAUAACAUUUCCUCUGGUGUGUUGUAUACUAUGUACGAAGAAUAACGAGUAAUAAAAUAAUAUUUUCAUAUAUAUA